AUGGAGCCCACCGCGGGGAGCGAAAAGGAGAGUGGACCAGGCGCGGCUGCAGGGAAAUGUGUGAGUAGGAUCUCAGUGCCAAGACCUCCCUCCAUUGAGGAAUUCACCAUAGUGAAGCCGAUUAGCCGUGGCGCCUUCGGGAAGGUGUAUCUGGGACAGAAAGGCGGCAAAUUGUAUGCGGUGAAGGUUGUCAAAAAAGCAGAUAUGAUCAACAAAAACAUGACUCAUCAGGUACAAGCUGAGAGGGAUGCACUGGCCCUAAGCAAAAGUCCUUUCAUUGUCCAUUUGUACUAUUCACUGCAGUCAGCGAACAAUAUCUACUUGGUAAUGGAAUAUCUUAUCGGUGGAGAUGUCAAGUCUCUCCUACAUAUAUAUGGUUAUUUUGAUGAAAAGAUGGCUGUGAAAUAUAUUUCUGAAGUGGCAUUGGCUCUAGAUUACCUUCAUAGACAUGGAAUCAUUCACAGGGAUUUGAAACCAGACAAUAUGCUUAUUUCUAAUGAAGGUCAUAUUAAACUAACAGAUUUUGGCCUUUCCAAAGUUACUUUAAAUAGAGAUAUCAAUAUGAUGGAUAUCCUUAUAACACCAUCAAUGGCUAAACCUAGACAAGAUUAUUCAAGAACCCCAGGACAAGUAUUAUCUCUCAUCAGCUCUUUGGGAUUUCACCCACCACCAGCUGCAGACAAAAGUGAGGAAUCUGAAAAUGUUCUUUCAACUCAUGCGUCUGAGACAUCACAACUUUCUCAAGGACUAAUCUGUCCUAUGUCUAUGGAUCAAAAGGAUAGUACUCCUUAUUCUAGCACACUACUGAAAUCAUGUCUUGAAAUAGUUGCCUCCAACCCCGGAAUACCUGUCCAGUGUCUAACCUCUCAUCUACUCCAGUCUAGGAAAAGGCUGGCCACGUCGAGUGCCAGUAGUCAGUCCCACACUUUCGUGUCCAGUGUGGGAUCUGAAUGCCACAGCAGCCCCAGAUGGGAAAAGGAUUGCCAGGAAAGUGAGGAAGCAUUGGCCUCUGCCAUGAUGAGUUGGAGCACAACGGAAAAGUCUUUAUGCACAAAAUCUACAAACGCCAUCAAGACCAGAAGUUUCUGUAAGAAAGAUCUUGAGUUAGCCCUUUCUCCCAUUCAGAACAGCACUGCCAUUCCUGCCAGUGGAAGCUAUUGUGUAAACCCUGCUAAAAAAUGCUUCUCUGGAAAAGUUUCUUGGGAAGCAAGAGAACUGGAUAUAAAUAAUAUUAAUAUGGCCACUGGCAUAAGACAGUCCGAUUUUCAUCAGUCACAUCAGGGGGCUGUGGAUUCUGAUGAUAUGAUUGAAGAACAUCUUGGGAAAAGAAGUGUUAAGAGACAUUUUGAGUUAGUUGACUCCAGUCCUUGUCAGAAAACCAUACAGUAUAAAAAAAGUUGUACAGAGUAUAAGCAUGGUAAUGAAAUGAGAGAUUGUUAUACAAAUCAAAGUACAAGCUUAACAACUGAAGUUCAAGACCUUAAGCUAUCGGAAUGUAGAAGUCAGCAAAAUGACUAUGCUAAUAAGGAGAACAUGGUUGAUUCUUUUAUGGAUAAACAACAAACACCAGAAAAAACACGUAUCCCAAUGAUAGCAAAAAACCUUAUGUGUGAACUGGAUGAAGACUGUGACAAGCAUAAUGACAACUUAAGUUCUAGUUUUCUAUGUUCUGACGAUGAUAGAGCUUCUAAAAGUAUUUAUGUAGACUCUGAUUCAUCUUUUCCUGGAAUUUCUAUAAUGGAAAGUCCAUUAGAAAGGCAGUCUUUAGAUCCAAAUAAUAGCAUCAAAGAAUCUUCUUUUGAGGAAUCAAAUAUUGAAGACCUACUUACUAUAUCACUGAACAGCCAAAAAAGUCCCUUGCCAAAAGGUGAUGAGAACCCUGCUGUUCAAGACAGUAACCAAAAAAUGUUAGCUCCUUCUUCGGAGGUGCUGAAAACAUUAACUUGCUCUAAAAGAAAUGCUGUAGCGUUUCGAAGUUUUAACAGUCAUAUUAAUGUAUCCAAUAACUCAGAACCAUCCAAAAUGAGCUUUACUUUCGAUGCGAUGGAUAUGUCAUGUGCUUAUAGUGGUUCAUAUCCCAUGGCCAUAACCCCUACUCAGAAAGAAAGACCCUACUUCUAUCAGCAGACCCCAAAUCAGGUCAAGUCAGGAACUCCAUAUCGAACUCCAAAGAGUGUAAGAAGAGGGGCAGCCCCAGUGGAUGACGGGCGAAUCCUGGGAACCCCAGACUACCUCGCACCUGAGUUGUUAUUAGGCAGGGCCCAUGGAUUUCUGACUUCGGGUCCUGCAGUAGACUGGUGGGCACUUGGAGUUUGCUUGUUUGAAUUUCUAACAGGAAUUCCCCCUUUCAAUGAUGAAACACCACAACAGGUAUUCCAGAAUAUUCUGAAAAGAGAUAUCCCUUGGCCUGAAGGUGAAGAAAAGUUAUCUGAUAAUGCUCAAAGUGCAGUAGAAAUACUUUUAACCAUCGAGGACACAAAGAGAGCUGGAAUGAAAGAGCUGAAACAUCAUCCUCUCUUCAGUGAAGUGGACUGGGAAAAUCUGCAGCAUCAAACUAUGCCUUUCAUACCCCAACCAGAUGGCGAAACAGAUACAUCCUAUUUUGAAGCCAGGAAUAAUGCUCAGCGCCUGACUGUAUCUGGAUUUAGUCUAUAG